AUGAAAAGGAGAAAGGAUAUUAUAAUGGAUAAUGCAUUAAGAAACGUGAAAAAUUACAAAGCCAAUGAAUCCAAGGAUUCUUCAAUCAAAAAUGAUAUGGUAGAGAACUUGUCUUUAAAUUCCUCAUCGUUUAUUGAAAACUCCCCACAGUGUACACAGACUGAUAACAUCAACAUUUUUACCUUGACUCAUUCUAUAGAAACGGAGAGUAUCCUCUUCGUAAUCACCUCUCAUAUUAAUGUGGAUGGCGCGAGUACUAGCCAAUUAGCUACAAGAAGUGGCAGAGCUAUUUCCAAAUCAAAUUAUUUCGCAUCUCCUAUCAAUGGUCCUGAAAGUGACCCGGAUCUAAGCGACGAUGAUCCCAUCUUUCAAGAUCCCAAAGACAUUUGUCGUCACAGAAGUUUGUCCUCGUCUUCAACAGACUCAAAACCUGAAACACUCGAAAAUGACACACAACAACCUCAACCACGAAAGUCAAGAAAAAGGCAGCGCAAUCCAGCGUCUUGGAAACAAAACAUUACUAAGGGAUUGCGCAAUAAAGGAAAACCUUACAAGUCUUUAUCAAAAUCUAAAAAAGAAGUCCCUGCUCGUUGUAUGAAAAACGCAUGUGCUCCAUGUCGAUUAAAAUGCCCUGACCAAAUUAAUGAAUCCCAAAGAACUGCGAUUUUUAAUCAUAUUGGAACCUUGCAAGCAUAG